GACCAGGCAAGGGUGUCAACUCUACCUGCCUGGGCACCACUGCACCGGUUCUUUCACCAGCAGCUGCUGAACAAUUUGGUCGAGAUUCGCGACAUUGCCGAGGGCUUGCUCAGCGCGCGCAGCGAGGACAACCAACAGCUCCAAGAAGUCCGUCAGAGAUUGGCUGAAAGUCUUUACACCUUCCAGGUGGCGGAGAAAGUGGCCUCAACUCUUACCAUGGUCACCAAGAAGCUGCCCCGCGGCGAGCGUCCAGCAAACGCCGCUGCUUCCAGCAGUGGGUCUGGCCUCGCCCGGCGCGU